GUAAGGCUCGAUCGUGAAGAUUUAACAGCGAUUCGCAAAGAGAGACGGAGUAACAUAGUUAACAAGGCAGAAAAAGAGCUUGGAGAGACGGCUGCUAAAGUUAUUUUGAAUGAGUUGUUGAAAAAAAAUAA